GGAGUUCUUCUUCUUCUCGUGGAAGGUGUCGGUCUUGCGGGAACGCGUCAUUCACGUCAGUGUUUUGUUGACGUUUGUGUCGGUGUGUCCACCUGUUACUUUGUGUGUGUGUGUGUGUCCGUCGUCCUCAUCCCCCCCUUUAGUAAGGGAGAUUUUUCCCCGUGGGGAGUGAAAGAGGAUUUAGUGGUGAGGAUUAUUUCGUGGUACUUCGAAGAUGGAAUGAUUAGGAGAGCGUCUGGCGACUCGAUUAGGGAAAUGAAUCUCCUCGGGAAUGACACCUGCGAGUCGAAAGUGUUGUGGUUACCUUGCUUUGGAAGCAAAGUGUCCAAGAAUCCUAUCUGUACACAACACAGCCAAGUGUACUGGGUUCAUAUCAGCUGUCUGUAGAAGAAGGUGCUCUCAUUACUAGUGUGCAUAAUUGGUGCAGAUUGCAGUAGGGGAAUGCAUAAGGCUUUUAGCAGAAAAUCCAACCAAGCAAUAAUCAGAAUGUGUGUUUGUUGGCUCUACAGUGUUUGUGAGCCAGUUGGCAGGUAGCUCGUAAGAUAACAAACUUUUGAAUAGUACAAAUUGUGGCAACUUUUUUAUGGUUAAGAUGCCGUCACUGUUUUCUUGUCUUGGGUGUGGGGGAGGAGCUGAGAGCGAUGAUAUUCGCGUUUUGGAUUAUCGGCAUGCAGCCCUCACUGAUGUCCCCUCUGAUGUGUUUGCCUCUGAGCGAACUUUAGAGGAGCUUUUGCUGGAUUCAAACCAGUUGAGUGAAUUACCACGGCAGCUCUUCUAUUGCCAUGGCCUCAAAGAGCUUGGACUUAGUGACAACGAGUUGACCUCUCUUCCCCCGGCUGUGGCUUCCCUUAUUAAUCUUGUUUCAAUUGACCUUAGCAAAAAUGCCAUAUCAGAUAUCCCAGAUAACAUCAAAGGCUGCAAGCAGCUUAGCAUUGUUGAUGCCAGCAUCAAUCCGUUGUGUCGAUUACCUGAAGGAUUUACUCAGCUUCUGUCCCUUCAAGAACUUUAUCUUAACGAUACAUUUUUGGAGUACUUGCCAGCAAAUUUUGGCAGACUUUCUCGCCUGAGAAUAUUAGAGCUGAGGGAAAAUCAGCUCAAUACGCUCCCUAAGUCUAUGGCUCGUCUAACUAAUCUUCAACGUCUUGAUAUAGGACAGAAUGACUUCUCUGAACUGCCUGAAGUAAUUGGAAGUUUGAGCAAUUUAACUGAACUAUGGUUUGACAACAACAAAGUCAAGAGCCUUCCACCACUUAUGGGUCGACUGAAAAAGUUAGUUCAUGUAGAUGCCUCUAAGAACAAAGUGGACUGGGUGACGGAAGAACUUGAAAAUUGUACUCAGUUGACAGACCUCCAUCUGUCAUCCAAUUAUCUAAAGGAGUUGCCAGAGAAAUUUGGUGGAUGUCGACAACUGCAAGUUUUGAGAUUGGAUGACAAUGCCCUGACUCAUUUGCCAGAAUCUAUUGGUGGUUUGGUUUCAUUAGAAGAGCUGGUUGUUACACAGAAUGAUUUGGAAACAUUGCCAGCAUCCAUCGGACUGCUGCGUGCUCUACAUACGCUUCAUAUUGAUGAUAACCUUUUAACAGAACUGCCUCCCGAGUUAGGGUCUUGUUCCCGGCUUACUGUGUUGACAGCAGCAUCAAAUAGAUUGACCGGUGUGCCGGCAGAACUGGGACAUCUGCCGCAGCUUGCUGUCCUCAACUUGUGUGCCAAUCUCAUUCAUCAUCUUCCUGUUUCAUUAACAAAGUUGAAGCUGCGAGCUCUGUGGCUCUCAGAGAACCAGAAUAAACCUCAAGUGCAGCUCCAAUCAGAAACUUUACCAGAAACGGGUCAGAGAGUCCUUACGUGCUUCAUGUUACCCCAGCAGCAACGUUCUUUUCAGCCAGAAGCUGUUGUGGAGGCUGAUACUUUCCCUGGACAAGGUUGGGAUGAGCAGAGGAAAGCUAAAACUCUUAUCAAGUUUGCAUUUGAUGGAGAUGUUGACAAGCCAGGUCGCCUGACUCGUGCGCCCACACCUUAUCCCAAGGAACUAAAGGCCUUAGCCAAGCAUGCUCGCAAUCUGAACAGCUUGCAGAAAGAUGCCUCCCGCCAGUUUGUUUUGGGUCGCACACAAGAUUCAAAUAAAGUUUCUGCUUCCUCCGUUGUAAUACCUGCCAAAGAGGAAAUGGAGAUGGAGCCAGUUUCUAAGGAGACCAAUGCUGAUGUGAAGCAACCAUUGUUAGCAGCAGCAAAUGCAGCCACAGACCAGUCUAAUUCACUUGACGAUUCUAGAGAUGCAGAAGAUAGUUCCUUGACUGUAGUAGAACCUCAAAUGGAAGAACGUCCACUCUUGCGAGAAGCACGCAAUGUACGCAACACGCCUAUUUCCAGUGCAGCAAAUAGUAUGAAUGGGGAUGUCACUGAUACUACAUCUUGUGGGCCAAAAACCUUGAGUACUCAAGAGCAACCAUAUGCCAUUGGGGAUCGGAAAGUGUUUGGACAUGCACAGGUUGUUGCUGUUAACCACACUGUUGAUAAACAGCCAAAUGAAGUGAAUAAAGUUUCUUCAAGUGGUGAGGUAAUUGUGACACCAAGUAUUGCUGAUAAGUCAUCACUGUCACCUCAACAUACAUCAGUGUCAUCAGCACCUGAUGGAGAAUCCCCAGGUGAUUCUCCAGACAAACGUAUAAAGAAGCCUCCGCCGUAUCACAUAGCUGCUGUUAUGUCAAGGCAUGCUGCUGAUUUCCAGGAAGCCAGUGUAGAAGUUCCAUCCUCACCUAGAGGCAUGGCAGCUGCCUCUGGUCUCACAGUGAAAGAUCUUCCCUCUAGACAGACUUUGUCUACAGUCUCUGGUAAAGUGACAUCCGAAGAGGAGAUUGUUGACACCAGCAGUUCAAGUGAUAGUGGUUAUGGCAAUGGUAAAAGCCUUUCCCAGCAAAUUUCAGAAGAGUUAACCAGUGCAAAUGCUACUGGUCCAAGUUCUCCAACAUCACCACAAAACACAGAUUCAAACUUCACAAUGCCUUCCACGCCAUCCUCUCCUCUAAGUCCAUCUAGUCCAGGGCCUCUCCCAGAUUUGAAGUCCCCCAGUUCUCCUUAUUCUAUACCCACCUUACAAGCAAAUCCCUUUUCCAAUAUGUACAAGGCUGGGGACCGUCACUCUCAUGCAGGAAUAGUGCAGCAGUCAAAAACUUCUUCCCCAUUGUACAGUUCACAGCAGCUGUAUUCCACUCAGAUGUCAAGUUACACAAGGCAGCACCCAUUUGAUACACAUGCAAAAGAUCUUGCGUCUCAUUCUUCGCCUCAUGGUCGACCAGCAUCCAUCGCUACUGGUGCGCAGCUAGAGAAACAGAUGGUUGGGUUAGCAGCGCAAAGACCAGGGUCUCUAGCUCUUGGAUCUCUUGCUGACUCAGCUUUGCUCAACAGACUUCCUCAAGAUCAGCGUCCAGGUUCUUUGGCUGCCCCAAUUAAUACUGUUGGUAUACCACCAGCCCCAACUCGAGCGAUGUCAUAUAUGGGACUAAACGUCAGCAGUCCUACUAAACAACGGGAUCUUCAUAUGUAUAGAAGUCAAGAUAUAUUAGGAAGCAGUUCAGUACGAACCACAGACCAACGAAAUUCUGGAGGAGUCGGUGAUCAUCGACAAGAAAGCAAUGGACUUGUAUCCAUUAUUGAUCAGGUCACAAGCAGUAUUUUGGAACAUGGAGAAAGUCCACCACCAAAGGUGUCUGUUACUGGUUCAUCAGCAUUGCCAUCUGCUACUGUGGCUAUAUCAAACGAACCUCCUUCAUCACAAUAUUCACAAUCAACCAGUUUAUCUCAAAAUGCAAGUGUUCGUUUGUCAACAGUAACAGCAGCCAGUGAAACAGCACCCACCAGUGUGAGUGGGUUGACAAAUUUCACUCAAGACCAGCCUCGUGGAGAAGUUUUACAUCCAACUCCCCAUAGACCUAAUUUGCUCUCCACUUCUAAACAGGAUGAGGAGUCUGCUCCACAGUCAGAAUCUGUAGCACAGACUACAUCAGAAAACAGUGUUUCUCCCCCAAAGACUGGACCCAAGCCACUGUCUAGGAUUCCUUCCCUGAGCUCAGAUGUUCAUUCAGGUCAUAAUAACCAUGACUCACAUCUCCCUAACCGUGCUUACAACCACAAUGAAUCACGAUUGCCAGUCAUUGACAACAAAGGCCGUGACACAAAUACUCUGAGUAAUGAAUCUCAUGGUCCUGUUGAAACUAGGAUCCCCACUCUAAGCAGUUCAGGACGAAGCACAAGUUCCCUUUCACAAGCUCCUAAAGGUUUGACCGAGUCUCAGAUUCCUAUGGUGAGGCCAAAUAAUUUUGUAUCAAGCCAAAAUAAACCAGUUGCUGGAGAUUCUCGAAUUCCUGCUUAUGGAAACAAUAUUCGAAGUCCUGAUAACAUGUUUAACAACUCCAAGUUUACCCAAGAACCUCGUAAACCACUCCUGUCUAAUUCAGGACAUAGUUCAAGCAGUUUAAUUCAAGAACCCCAAACUGUUGGUGAUUCUCGUAUUCCUUUAAUGGCUGGAAUGGUGCGCUCAUCAAGUAAUCUUGGAAAGGAAAACCUUAAUAAUAGUAGUAAAUUUCCAAUGUCAAGUGCAUAUAGUCCCACCAGCACAAACCUAGUCAGUGGUAGUAGCCUUCCAACUAAUAACAUUACAGGAAUUCCAACCUUAGCUUCCCAAGGUCGCAGCAAUAGUGGCUUAAGCUCUGGUAUUCCGGUUCCUGGUUUGCGUAGUGAGACUCCAAAAAAUAUUGGAGUUGAUGUCAGAAAACCAUUGUCUCAAGUAAGUGCAAGUCACACAUCAAGUUCUAGGCUUCAAACACCAGGCUAUGCAGGUGGAAUACGUCCCCCAAGCAUGCAUACCAGCAGCCCAGUUUUGUCUACUGGAAAACAACUUCAGCCUCCUCAGACAUCACAAUUGCAGCCCCCGGGAUAUACAAGUGGGAUCCGUCCACCUUCAGUCAAUGCAGCUAUUAAUACACCUGGUAUUCCUCUACCAUCAUCAACUUCCUCGUCCAGUCACCUGAACAACCCUGGGUCUAGGAGUUCUGUCUCCUCAACAGGCUCAGGUUCACGCAUCCCAAUGACAUCUGGAUUAUCCAGUUCAAGAUUGCCAGCCCCCGCAUCCAGCAAACACCGCAUAACUCCUGCAUCUUCCCAGAGUCCAGAUGGAGGGAAGAAUAGCACAGCCUGGAUGUUUGGGCAACACAAGAAUGCUCGAGUGGUAUGUCAGAAUUUCCCAGUAGUAAUUGAGAAGAAUCCAGAUCUUGGCUUUACAAUAGGGCAAUCAGAAGAGGACCCUGAAGAUAAGAGCAUAUAUGUUGUGAGUGUUGCUGGAGGUGGAGCGGCAUCAUCUGCUCUGAAAGUUGGAGAUAAAUUAUUACAAGUUGAUGGUGCAGAUGUUCGCUCUGCCAACUUACACACAGCCAUUUCCAUCCUCAACAAGACAUCAAAUACAGUUAACCUGAUGGUGUCUCGGUUGCAGUAAGACAGCCUCAGUUAACAUUAACUGUCAAGUACUUCGACCUCUGUUUGGUUUUUCAUCAAGAGUUAUGGUUGCAUAUUCUCUUCUAAGGUUUCAAACCAAGAUGAACGUGUGUUCAUUAAGGUUUUUGGCUAUUACAUAGAUUGCACUGUUUCGCUUUGAAAGACAGUGCUUCUUGGACUAGAAAAUGUCAUGACUGCCUUAUCCAACUUGUGCCUCUCUGAGAAAUUUAUGUGUAUGUAUUGAUUUAAACUUAGUAAAUCUAGCCAGGUGAUGUGAGUAGGUUAUAAGGUGCUUACAAGGGACAUUCUUGUAGUCACAACCAUGUCAGUAGGUGAGAGAUGCAGUGCUGAUGAUUAGCGAUACAGUUUUAUUGAAAUCAGUACAGCUGGUUGUGCUGUAGUGUCUGUUUUUAGAGUGAAAAGGCAGAUCAGUUAUUACAAAGUAUUGUAAGAUGUAUUCACAUUUGUAUUGACAAAAUCUUUUGUAAUGAGUCAUAUGAUGCCAAUGAUGGUGCCUUCUGGAGUAAAUGACAACAUAGAGUACAAUUUUUUAUUGGUAAACUAAAAAGUAGUGUAAAAUGGUCCAAAUUUAGUUGUAAUGAACACCAUUAGUUUAAGUUGAAUUUACUUUAGGUUGUAUCUUAUUGACCAAAUGUAGGUAAUCAGAGCAGGGUACUGUUGCUGACUUUAUUGUAGUAAUACCAUACCAUACUUGUCACCCUCCAUACAUUUUAUGUGCCCUUUGUGAUGUAGUACUUGAUAGUGUGUUGUUAACAACAUCUAUGCUAAUUAGAUUAGGUAUCAUAUCAUCCUCAAUAAGCUAGUUGAAUAUGAAAUAUAGGUACCAUUCCUUAUAUUCAGGAAAAAUUAUUGUCCUCUGAGUUCCCCAAUUUAAGUUCACAAAUUUUAUCAAAUUCAGGUGUUAGACUUGGUUGUAAAUUAUGCAGCAUAAGGAUGAGACAGAUUUGCCAUACACUCACAGCUUUUAUUAGAAGUGAUGUUAAGCUUUUUUUUAAGGUUAAUUAACUUUGUAUAUUUUCAAAUUACAUUGAACUGAUGCCUAAACCAGAUGCUUUUGUAAUUUGUUUUAUUUGAAAUUUAUAGAUAUUUGUAACUUAGUAGAGGUACACAUAUUUCAAAAUUUAAUAAUUACUUGGUGAUGUUUCACAGGUUAAUGAGGAUCUUAUGGCAGCAUUAUUAGUAAUAUAGGUUUAUGACUUUACAAUUACUUUUGCUUAUUUUUCCUUGCAGUCAAGUCUAGUAAUUGCUGGAAUGCUAAAAUAUUUUUGCAAAAUGCCCCAUUUUAUUUACUUGUAGUAGGUGUCGAAUCCUUUCAGCAGUGUUUUAAAGAAAUGAAAGGUUAGUAGAUUGUAUGGAAAUCCAUGUAAGUGGUCAGUGAAGAAUACUCCAUAAUUUUACAAUAAUUAUUUUUCAUUACUAAGUUAGGAAAGUAGUAAAAUUCAGUUUGAGCUUACCCUGUCUUAAAGAGAUAUAAAUGCAUCAGUAUUAGGAUGAGGACUUUGUCCUCAGAGUUUGAAAAUUCUACAGUAUUACGAUGUAAACUUAGUGACCUUUGAAUUAUGAAACUAAAGUACAUGAGUUUUUCAGAAUGACUUUGCUUCAUGGCAUUUUUUUAUCACAGUAGUAAGAUUUUGAAUUUUUUACUAUGAAUAUGGUGGACUACUAUAAUGCUGCUUUGAUUUAGGAGAGAUACCAAAAAUAUUUCUCAUAAAUUUGAGAUAUUUACUAGGGGAUAGUUUUUCAUUGUUGAAAGUACUUCUCACACUAAAGCAUGAUUUUACCAAAUUAUUGUUCCAAUGGUGGUCAUUUUUUAUCAUACCUUACCUUUUCAUCGGUGUUUUUUUGCCAUACGUAGGGAUAGCAUUACCUAUGCUGUAUGGGCACCGCUGAAAGGGUCAUUUGCUUGCAAGUUAACAAUGAGCUGUUUUAUUUUUCAAUUUCCUAACAAUGCCAUAUUUUAAUGCUUACCAGUGAUCUCUAUUUUUAAGCAAAGAAUGAUGUAGGACUUUCUGAUUGCAGUAAAAUCAGGACCAUGUGGCACAAAUACUAUACUUUUGAGAUUUUAUGUUUAAAGGGUAAAUGGGUGAAAGUUUGAAAGUUCUCAUAAUUAUACAUAAAUGUGAUUAUAGUUUUACAGAGUCUCACCAUGUAUGUGUGCCAUUUGAAUAUAUAUUUGUUUACAGUGGUACAGACACAUGAGGCAGAAGUGCAAUUGCAUAGGUUUAUGUGGAAAUUUUGCUCAUCCUAGCAGCUUUUUUUAAAAUACUGGUUCAUUCUUCUUCAUAAAGGCAGCUGGUUGUUCUCUUGAUGGAUACUAAUCUUGAAUUAACCCAUCCACCCAAUUUUGCUGCUCUGUUUCAGAAAUUGUAAAUAAUUAAAAAAAGGUAAAAUUCUUGUUUUCAAAUUCUAUAAAUGAAAAAUAUUCCUUCCAAACUGAAAUUCUUUACUAAACCAGUGGGAUAUGUUUAUGAGAGCCUGAGAAUUUUCAUUAGAAAGUAAAUUAGUAUGAAGUGUCCUCAUGUGUGUAAGUGCUAAUAGUUAAGUGAUUUGACACAAACCAUCAUAGUUCCAGAACACUUCUUUGAUUUACUAUAUGUAAAUGAUUUUAGUUAGCUAGGUACAUCAGGAUUAAUGUGUGCACAGAUAGUCAUGAACAGGGCUUCAAUGCCAAUGACAGUGAGUUUAUCUGUAUUUAAAAUUUUUUUAGUCUCAUGGUUCCCCACUGUAGUUUGGAUGUCAAAGUACGUAUUUCAUGUUCCUCUCAUAUGAUGAUUUUAUUAUCAGUUAUUUCUUAGAAAAAUAGGUAGGAAUCACUUUAGAAAGUACACAUUUUCUAAUAAUUAAUGAGUGAUUAAUGUAAUGCAAUGAAAUGGAUGCAGCGGAUCUUUUACACAUUUUGAGUAUAGUAAUUUGGAGAGGAAAUUGGUGUAUUAAACAUGACUGUCCUGUAUUGUACAUAAGAACUUAAACAUAUAAAGUCCUUUAAUGCAUAGUUUAUAUGAAAAAUAGUUUUAUUUUGGAAAGAGUUGCAUGCUGUAUCUAACUGGAUUAUUAUUUUGCACUGCUGCUUAAUAUCCAGAACAGAGCUUUAGUCAGUAGGAUUAAGGAAUUGAAUAAGUACUAUAUUCAUAUUGCUUACAUUUUCAGUGGUAUUCCGUAAAGGGUGGGGUCAUUAUUUCUGUAUGAAAACUGGUACAUCAUUUGUACUGUUUGAGAUGGAUAUUAGUAAUUUUCAUAUUGAAAUCUGAACUACUGUCAUUUUAUUUUUGAAAUCAGAAAACUGAUCAUGUCUUUAAUAUUGAUGAGGAAAGUGAAUUUGAAACCCUGAAUUCUUAAUACUACAGUAUAUAAAUACCACAUAUAAUUUAUAAAUGUGAAAUGUUGAUAAAGUUGGUCAACUUUUAUGGAAGAGAUAAGACUUACGAUACUUUUUAGUGCACAUAAAUUUCAUGAAUGUAAUCCAAAAGUGAUGAUUGGAAUAGUUCUUCAAAAAUUAAUUCUUACUUUGCCAUUUCAUUUAUUAGAGUGAUUUUCAAAUUAUGCUUCCUGGCCUCAAACAUGAUACAUAUAUGUGUGCUACCAACAGAGCUAAUAGUGUGUCCUUGCAGUCUGAGUGCAGUAUUUUUCUAUUUACCCUGUUAAUCUUGCUUUAACUUUUUGCCUAUGAAAAAUGUCUUGAUUAUAUUGGUAUUAAUUCCAUAUAAGUAUUGUUUAUUUGUUGCUAAAUUUGAAGACUCCAUCUCUUUGGUACAAUGUUGUGUUUUAUUCAUACAGCAAAAAUUAAAAACAUCUGUUGAUAGAGAAAUCAGGGAAGCUGUCACUGCUGGCUGGGUGAUGCAUACCAUAAUUCUCAGAACUGCAGUGAUGAUAUUCACAUCUAGUUAUUGUCACUUUCAGUAUAUGCUUAUGAAUGUGAUUAGAUUAAGAAUUAACGUUCAUAACAUAAAUUACCCUGAAAAUAAAGCAUAAUUAAAGCAAUUUUAAAUUUUUAUACACAUUCCUUAAAGAUAUUGUGACACGGUUAUCCUAGUGCUAGAAGGUAGCUGUAAUUAUAAGGUGAUCUAUGUAAGGAGUCCUUGAGUACUUAUGCAUUUAGAGUUUUAUGAAAAAUUUUUAAAGAAUAAAAUUUUACUUAAAUUAUAGUAUAAAUAAAUAGAAUAAUUUAUAAAGAAAAUUGACAUUCCUUUAUAUAUUUUCAUUAAGUAGUGAUUCAAUGUCAUGAGAAGUUUAUUAUAGCAAAACUUUUCUGCCUUGGAAAAGGUUGAAAUUGCUGUUGUCAACAGAGAAGUGCAAAAUUUUUAUUUGAUUAGGAAUGCCUAGGCCUCACUGCCCUUUCACUAACUCAGGCUGGCAACAGUACAAAUUCUUUAAAAAUUUAUAAUCCAGGUGCCUUUUAGUGAUUAAAAAUUAUCAAUAAUUUAAAUGAGCUAUAACUUCUCAUAUACAUUGUAUUCCAUGUAUGCAUUAGACAUUUAAAUCAUGUGCUUUAUGAAAAAGAAGAAUAGACAAAAGUCAUACCCUUAUACAUUAAGAAUAUUUAGAGUUUUACAGAUUUUUGUUGGUUUUGCUAAAUUGGAGUAUUUUUGUAUUUUUGAAGAUUUAUUUGUUUUUAUCACAAAUUCAUCAUAUGUUGUAGUACAUGUUACACCAUUUGUAAUGUCCUAUGUGUAAUCUUUCACUGUACUGCUUUGUCAAAUAAUAACAUGAGAAUUAA